AGAGGUGUGCCACCCCCGGCUUGGACAGGAGACGGGAGGCGGCUGGGUAGCCUGGAUGCUUGAACCACUGUCAAGGAGACUGCUGUGCUCGCAGGAGAUCCCGUGUUUAGGAGAAUGUGAUCCUUAACCCCUGAAUCCCACUGGCUUUCUUCAGGACACCAAGAUCAGCAAAGCCAGAUGGGUUCUUCAUCGAUUGCAUCCUUCCCGUGCGCUGCUGGCACGUUAGAGAUCUCAGGAGCUUCCCCCAAGAUCUGGACUUCUCACUUCUGGAGAGCUGAUACCAGGGAUUCCAAGGCCGUGGAGACAGAUCAGCCUGUGUGGUUGAGGUUUCGGUGCUUCCAGGAGUGUCUGCCCUCUGCCUUGGCACCGCUCUGCUGAGAACGGUUUGUGCUGAAGGAAGCCCUUGGAAGUGCCACACGCGGGAUAAAAUGAUUUGUCUAAAUACUAUAUUUGGCACCAGCUUUUCAUCUAAACCAGAGCCACUUUACACCUGUCUGCCAAGAUAAAGGGACUUAAAAUGAGCAUUUUUGAAGAAAAAAAGUGACGGAUGCCAAUUAGGAGAGAGGAAAAGGGAGGAAGACAUGAUUAUCCAGGACUCUGUGGCCAGGACUGUGUGGCUGCUGCUCCCUUUUUGUAGGGAGCAGGAGUAGAAGAGCUCCUGACUGCAAGUUUUCCUCUGCUGAAGAGGAGACAGGAUUUUGUGCAGUGUCUCCCAGGCUGCUUCACCGCUCCAUGGCCACAGAGUUAAUUACAUGUUGGACAAUGAGAUGCAUGUGUCCACCCUGCUGCUGUUUUACCGACUCAGCAGUUCAGUGCUCUUUUUGUAUGAAGAGGGGCAGCAAAAAGACCGCAUGUGUCUGCUGGAUGAGAAUGCAAACGCAGCUCUAUUCCACAUAGCAGUGGUGCUUGUGGAGCAGGGGAAGCACUGGAUGGGCAAGAAUUUCUAGGAAGAGGAAGCAGCAGAUGGUCGUCUUGUCCCGGUGAUCAAUGGUGGCUGAUCUGAUAAGUAUUCUGGGGUGGAGUAAACCCGACAGUUUUGAAUUUGCCAGUAUUGUAGUGAAAAAUAGCUUGCUUAAAGAAAUGAGGCGAUCAGAUUGGCACUGGUCAGCUACAUCUGAAAUACUCCUUUCGAGGUGAGUGUCGUGCCUACUGAACUUUCUCAGACCCACUAGCCAUGCCAGGGAUUGUCGUGUUCCGCCGUCGCUGGUCUGUAGGCAGCGAUGACCUGGUUUUGCCAGCCGUCUUCCUCUUCCUCCUGCAUACCACCUGGUUUGUGAUCCUCUCUGUGGUGCUCUUUGGGCUGGUGUACAACCCCAACGAGACCUGCUCGCUUAACCUGGUGGACCACGGCAGAGGCUACCUGGGCAUCCUGAUCAGUUGUAUGAUCGCAGAGGUGGCAAUCAUCUGGCUCAGCAUGCGAGGCAGUAUCCUGUACACAGAGCCCCGGGACUCGAUGCAGUAUGUGCUCUAUGUCAGACUGGCUAUCUUGGUGAUUGAGUUUGUGUAUGCUAUUGUGGGCAUCGUUUGGCUAACGCAGUACUACGCUUCCUGCAAUGAUAUCACAGCAAAGAGUGUCACUUUGGGAAUGGUGGUGUGCAACUGGGUUGUCAUCCUGAGCGUCUGCAUCACUGUCCUGUGCGUCUUCGACCCGACAGGCCGGACCUUUGUCAAACUGCGUGCCACGAAGCGGAGACAGCGCAACCUGAGGACAUACAACCUGCGACACCGCCUGGAAGAGGGGCAAGCCAGCAGCUGGACGCGCAGACUCAAAGUUUUUCUUUGCUGCACACGAACAAAAGACUCUCAGUCGGACGCCUACUCUGAAAUCGCCUACCUUUUUGCUGAGUUUUUCCGAGACCUUGACAUCGUCCCAUCUGACAUCAUUGCAGGCCUGGUUCUUCUGCGCCAGCGACAGCGGGCAAAGCGCAACGCCGUGCUGGACGAGGCAAACAAUGACAUUUUAGCUUUUCUGUCUGGGAUGCCGGUGACCCGGAACACAAAGUAUCUGGAUCUGAAAAAUGCGCAAGAGAUGCAGCGGUACAAAGAGGUGUGUUACUACAUGCUGUUUGCACUGGCUGCCUAUGGCUGGCCCAUAUACCUGAUGAGGAAGCCCACAUGUGGACUCUGUCGCCUGGCCAGAUCCUGCUCAUGUUGCUGCCUCUGUCCUUCACGUCCCCGCUAUGCACCAAGUGUCACUAUUGAAGAGGAUAAUUGCUGUGGCUGCAAUGCCAUUGCCAUCCGGCGUCACUUCUUGGAUGAGAAUAUGACCUCAGUGGACAUUGUUUACACAUCUUGCCAUGAUGCAGUUUAUGAAACGCCUUUCUAUGUGGCUGUGGACCACGAUAAGAAGAAGGUGGUCAUUAGUAUCCGAGGAACUCUGUCUCCAAAAGAUGCCCUGACUGACCUAACUGGGGAUGCAGAGCGCCUUCCAGUUGAGGGGCACCAUGGAACAUGGCUGGGACACAAGGGAAUGGUGCUAUCUGCUGAGUACAUCAAGAAGAAACUGGAGCAAGAAAUGGUGCUUUCUCAAGCUUUUGGACGAGACUUAGGGAGAGGAACAAAACACUAUGGCCUGAUUGUGGUUGGUCAUUCUCUAGGGGCUGGCACAGCUGCCAUCCUGUCCUUCCUUUUGCGUCCGCAGUACCCAUCGCUGAAGUGCUUUGCCUAUUCUCCCCCAGGGGGGCUGCUGAGUGAGGAUGCCAUGGAGUAUUCAAAAGAGUUUGUGACUGCAGUCGUGCUUGGCAAAGAUCUAGUGCCCAGAAUUGGUCUCUCUCAGCUGGAGGGAUUUCGCCGGCAGCUCCUGGAUGUUCUUCAAAGGAGUAACAAGCCAAAGUGGCGAAUCAUUGUGGGUGCUACAAAGUGCAUACCCAAGUCAGAGCUCCCUGAAGAGACGGAAGAAAAUUCAGUGACAAGUAAUCGCCUCUGGACCCAUCCCAGCGAUCUGACUAUCGCCCUCUCUGCAAGCACACCGCUUUACCCACCCGGCCGCAUCAUCCAUGUGGUGCACAAUCAUCCCGCAGAGCAGUGCUGUUGCUGUGAGCAAGAGGAUCCCACUUACUUUGCUAUCUGGGGUGACAAUAAGGCUUUUAAUGAAGUGAUCAUCUCGCCGGCGAUGUUGCACGAACACCUCCCAUAUGUGGUCAUGGAAGGGCUCAACAAGGUCUUGGAGAAUUACAACAAGGGGAAAACAGCUUUACUUUCUGCAGCCAAAGUGAUGGUGAGUCCUACAGAAGUGGAUCUCACCCCAGAGUUGAUCUUCCAGAGCCAGCCCUUACCUAGUGGACCCUCAGUGCAAAUUGGAACUGGAGCUGUAACAGUGGACAGAAGGAACAGCAGUACUAAGAGCAAGUCCCAUUCUGAAAUUAGCUUGGAGGGGUUUUAUGAGACAAAGCCACUUUCUCCUGUGCAGAAAGACCCCGUGGAGCUGCUGCUUCUGGAUACAAAAGAACGUCUGUCUGUGGAGCUGCAGGACCGUCGUGCCCCUCUCGCGACCAUGGAGAGCCUCUCGGACAAUGAAUCCAUCUACAGCUUUGAUUCAAGGCGCUCCUCUGGUUUUCGGAGCAUCCGGGGCUCCCCCAGCCUCCAUGCUGUCAUGGAGAAGGAUGAGACGCACUGCUUUUAUAUAGACCCUGUGAUCCCCGAGGAGAAUCCCUCCCUCAGCUCGCGGACAGAGCUGCUGGCUGCUGAUAGCCUCUCCAAGCACUCCCAGGAGACUCAAGCCCCUGACAAUGUGCUCAACAGCGGUGGCACUACCCCCCAGCGACGCUGCAGUGAGGAGGGAGCCAGCAGUGAGGGGGACCGUGUUUCCUUAGCCCCUCGUGAAGAGCUGUCCCUCCAGAAUGGACGGCUCACUGAUGUUCCCAGUCCCCAAGUACUGGAGUUUGCUGAGUUCAUAGACAGCCUCUUUAAUUUGGAUAGCAAAAGCAGCUCCUUCCAGGACAUCUACUGCAUGAUGGUGUCGGACAGCUCCAGUGACUUUGCAGAGAUGCCCAAGUCUGUCAGUGAUCAGGAGAUCCUGUUGAGGGCACAAUAUGAACCCAAUCUAGUCCCAAAGCCCCCGAGGUUGUUUGCAGGCUCAACAGAUCCUUCGUCGGGCAUCUCUGUCUCACCCUCUUUCCCCCUUAGUUCAUCUGGAGAACUCAUGGACAUCACUCCCACGGGUGUGAGCAGCCAGGAGUGCCUGGCCACUGACAAAAUCCGGACUUCCACCCCCUCUGGGCAUGUAACCAGCCCAGCCAAGCAGGACGACCUCAUGAUUUCAGCCCUCUAGUGCAGGGUAAAGGGGUACGGCUCUGAGAGCUGAUCCUGUAGGUUGAGUGCUGGGAUAAUACUUGGAGGAGGUGGUCAUUGGGCAGUUCGGAUUGGAGGAGACGGUUGGAAACAUUCCUUCUGGGGUGACGCGGUGGUGGCACACUGGAGGAUGGAUUGUGCUCGAGUGCUGUGCUUGCAGCUGAGAAGAAGCGUUGCCUCCCAAGGCCUGCUACACGAAGAGGGUCUGAGUCACUACAGGUAGAUGCCAGUUCCCUACCUCAGCCUGUCUCCAUUUCAGAGGCAGAUUCCUUGCCGCAGGGCACCUGCUGAGUUUGGGAGUGAGAUACCCUGCUUCAGGGAAUCCUCUGGGGUGAAGGGGGUGGAUUCUCUGAAGCUCGAGGACUGGAUAGAGAGAAGCAAGAGGGCCAGGCCAGAUCACCCCCCUGGUACCAUGUCAGUGGUUUUGGAAAUGAGCGGAUUGAGACUUUGGGCCCUAUUGCACUACCAUGUCGGAUCUGGCCCAAGAUCCAAUUCGUCACACUUCCAUGGGGAUUGCUUUUGUAGGACACUCUCCUGUUUUAAAGCCAUUGGGGCUGUAUUCUCCCCAAAUGCAGUCUCCCCUCCCCUGGCCAGGUGCAGCAAGAUUGGGGCUGGCACUGUGCUUUCUCUCCCCUGAGUACUUCGGUGUUCAGUGACCACCAGGCUGCUUCUGAGAGGGAAGGACACUGUUCCGAAGAGCCAAAGCCCUCUGCGACAUCCCUCCUUUGCCAGUAAGAGUUCUCCUGGAUGUCACCAUCAUCACUUCUCAGUUCCCUGGACCGGUCUGAGCUGGCGACAUUCCUGCAGGACUGACAGGAUUCUCAUCUCAGAGCUGCGUGGAUGGAUCAACUUCAAAAUCUAACAGGCUUCUCAACAUCCAGCAUUGUUUGCCCGAAUCCUGCAGAGCCUGGGAGCUUCUCCUGGACUCUGCUGGGUCCUCGCACUGCCUGUACGCAGUAAUGGCAGAUCAGUGCCGGCCUCUGUCAUUGGCAGUUCAGGGAAAAGAUGAACUUAUACCAAGUAUUGAAAUAUCUUGUAUGUUUACAGAGCUGCUAAGCUUUUUGGAAGGUAUUUAUUAAGCAAACGGGGAGGCUUUUCCUAAGCAAAAAGCAUGUUCAUUCUCUCCUUCCUGUGCUGUUGCCUCUGGGGACUGAGGGGAGAGAGGAUGGGCAGCUUUGAUUGCAAGUCCCCUGCUUUUCGAGCGGAUCGGAGCCUGGGGGGAGCUGCGUGCAUCCCUUGCCCGCCCUCCCUCGUCCGUGUCUCAGUUGCACAACACCGCAUUGCAAAGCUUGACCAAGUCGCUAGUAAAACUACCUGAGCACUGCUGUGCAGAGCCUCAGUGCCCGGAGGAGCCUGCUAGACCUAUCCAGGCAGGCGCUUUCCAAUGAUGGGAGCGGGAGAGAAACUACCUAUCUAGAAAGUUAAACAUACUGUGACCUGUAGAAGGCCUUUAAUUGACAAAACGCCUUCAUAUCAAAGCUCAGCAGAGUUACCAAUCAGUGUCACUGGAGCUCUGUCCUCCCUCACUGGAAAAGAAAUUCCUAUUUCCACUUCCUUAUGAUCACAGAGAUGUUAUUGCCUUCCUUUCCGCUCUUUAGCUGUGAUAUUUCCAUUGUGGGAGGAUGCAGUGCUUCCCAGGAGCUUAGCUCAUGACACAUCCCUGGGCUCCUGUUAUCCCUAGCCGCUAGCUGUGUUCAUCGAGUAGUUUCUGGAAGCUCCAGGCGUGGGUCAGGGCUGUGCAAACAGAGCCUGAGUGGUAUCAAAUGCCAUCGAGUCAGAACAGGAGCACUUUAUAGCCAGUGUGCGUUGAUGUAAAUGACUUCAGGCGCACAGAAGAGAACUGGACUCUGUGUCUGAGUGCUGAUCUCCCACUCAACAAUUUAGCGUGGGAUACCGUGUCCCCUGCUCCCUACAAAUUACAGGGCCUUUAGAAGUGCAGGGGCUUUGUUCAACAGGCAGUAAAAUAUUGUCCCUGUGGUUUAGGUUCCAAAGGUGACCUUUUCUAUACUGUCUUGAAUUGGAGGGAAGAAGCCCCUCGGAAUUCAAAGUAAUUUAUAAAAGAAAAAUGCUUUUAUUCUGAGCAACAAGAAGUUACUUUUUUCUUUGUAAGUCCUUCAGCAAAGAGCAGUGGUGUUCCCCUUGCUGAGAGCUUGUAUGGUUCAGGAUCUCUUGUAGAACAACUGCGUAAGGGCCAUCAGCUCAUCCGCUAUUGCAGACCACAGGGUAAGGCUGAAUUGCUGCACGCACCCAAGAAACAUUAAAAAGGUGGUGUCCAGGAAUACGCACAAUAAACUGGGUAGUUUUGAGGGGGAGAGGGGAGCUGAAGUGUAGGGAGGCUGAGGCUAGCAGGCUAGCUUGCCUCCUGGUGCGGACUGCUGGCACGUGUUGAUAGAGCGGGGGGGAAAAGGAGUUCAUUUCUGCCUUUGCUUGUGGGCAGAAGAUGGGUAGUAAUAACACUUAGCACUUAGGCAGAGCUUUAUAUCUGCAAAGCACUUUACAAAUGCAAAUGAAAGAAUCGUCUCUGUCCCUGGCAGUGAGGUGUUGGGAGAUGGCUGUCUCUGAGACUAGGUGGAACUACUGCUGCCCUACCCGAGGGUGGUGGGGAGAGGUGACUCAAGGUGAGGAAGGUGGAUUAUCUCCCUCUUAAGGUAAAAGUUGUUUCAGUAAUGACCUGAUGUUUAAUGGGUUGUGGUAUUGCACUAAAGUCACUUCUGAGCUGGGCAUACCUCUGCUGUGUCCUGGAAGAUGCAAUCGUUGUGCGUGACACUUUCCUUCUCUGUGCCAUUGGAACUGUGUCCUGGGGGAACGGGGUUACCUUCCCCUGACUGGCUGUAGCAGGAAACAGCCUGGCAUGCUGCAUUUUUUUUUUUCCUUGUGCUCUCUGAUUAUUAGAUGACUUCUGAGAAACCUGGGAAUACCUAAUGCUCGUGAACUGGGCUUGCCGUAGACCAAGGCAGUAAAGAUGCAAAAGAGCCCUUUGAGUUUAGUUCUUGUUGUAUCACAUUACGGGUGAUUCCUGUUCUCUGUUGUUCUCUCCUGAUCAACAGAUCUGUUCCCAGUCCUCACAAAGUAAAUCCAUGUUCUUUGCGUUAUUUCUGCUUUAAAGGUCUCUCUGUCUUGAUUCUCGUAGCUCCUUUGCCAUAAAAGCAUUUGGACAGGCUGAUCUCCCAUUUCAUCCUGGAAGAGCACAUCUGGAAAGUUAAAAUAAAUGCUAAGCCUGUAGCUACCUCCUUCAUUUGUACUGCACACUAUUGCCUGCUUUCUCUGCCCUCGCUCCGCUCUGAUGUGCAGCUGUCUCUGGAAACAUAAAGCAUCUUCAGAUUUCUUAAUCUCUUGGCUUCUGGUUCCUACUCUUGAGCUUUGUGCCUUCUAAUCUUUAUAUAUUCCCUCGAUGUUUGAAUGGGGUGUCCCACCCCACGCGGAGGCAGAUCCUUAAAAUCCCCUCUAAGAGCUUUCGGUAGAGGAGUGGAGCCAAGGCCAUGCAGUUCCUGAAAAGCAGCGAGUGGGCUUCGUGCACCUCAAAAUUAAAGCGCGGUAAGCGAAACCCUCUACACCGAGGCGGCUUUGCCAAAGAGCCUAGCCAGGUUCUCAGCCCUGUCCGCCAUCCCUUGGUGCGGCAGAUUUCAGCUGACUCUGUAACCAGCACUCGCCGUCACACGCUUGUUCGUGAUAUUCGCAGCAGGCUGUAGCGGAAUGUAAUCCUGAAGGCCCGAGAGCUUCAGGGGCAGCGUGGGAGGCCCUUAACCAGGUGCGUGUUAAACUCCAUCCAACAGCUUAGUUAGGAGCAGUCUCUGACCCUGCUGUGGAUGCGCUCACAAGGUACAAAGGAUUUGAUACUGUUGUCCAUUUUUGGGUGUAUCCAAAGUGGAAUAAAAUAAUCCUGUUGAUAAUAUCCCAGUGGGUUUUGAUCGUCAAGCCUUUAGCACAUAAUGUUGGCUGGCUGUAGUUCUGGAGGCUCUUCUGUGUCGGUAAUAAUUACUUUUAUUGUUGCUUUAGUUGCAGCAGUGCCGAGAAUUUAGACAGGAUCCUGCUGUCCUGAGUGCGUACAAGUGCGGAACAGAAAGCAAGCCCUUCUCCAACACCUACCGUCACCCCUCUCCUUCUCUGGGGAGCUGCCCUCUCCAUUUGGAACACGCCAUUUUCUCCUAACACUGCCGCUUUCUAACCUUUCCUCUUUUCUUUGCUCCCUAUUCCCGUCACCUAACCAAGAGCCACUUUAUCUCUCUUCUUGGUUGCUCUGUCUCAGGAUGAUGGUGUCUUAGUCCACAUCCUCGAUAGCACCGCUUCAGCAUGGGAAAGCCAUUCCCCGUGAUCUCACGAUGACCCAAACCAGUUGAUUGGGAUUCCUGUCUUGAUUCGCUUGUGAGAGCACUUCAGGCUAUCUAGAAAGGUCAAAGUGUUGUCAACACCAAGAGGUUCUUUAGCUAUCUCUAGCUUUUGCUUACCUGGUCUGUGGUCAGUAUUUUCAGUUUUCAUCCAUAAUUUCUGCAGUUUAAGAACUAUUUUCAAAGAAAACAGGAGUUGUAUAAGAGAUUUUGCUCUCUGUAGAGGACUGAGAUGGCAAAGCUGUUUGAGUGUAGAUACACAAAUCCAGUGACUCCCAUUUCCGUACUUUUAGGACAUUCUUGCUUAGAGUGCAAUAAUAAUGCCAAACAGGAUUUAGGUGGGAAGUAGGUUUUGCUGUCAACGAACAAGGGUGUGUAAGAAGGAAAAAGCACCGUGCGUGGGGAUACCAGAUUGGUGGGUGCUCCUUGGAGGGAGCCUGACUCGCUGCCGUGUCCUGUCUCUAUCAGAAGAAACGGAACAGGGCUGAGCUGUAUCAAGCACAGCAAACUGGAUGAGUAUGGCUUUACUUUUUCAAAUAUCUCCUAAUAAGGUUUCCCUCUGCUCAGUUUGUAAUCCGGGCCUAAUUAAGAGGGGGUUUUAAACCUUCCCUUAAUAUCUUAAGUGAUUUUUGUUUCUUUAUCAAGCAUAUUUGAGUUUUCACUGCUCUAGGUUAACGUGGGUCCCAGUCUUAAUGCUCUCUCUGUAAAGCUUUUCCAUGUUUCUGGUUACUACUGCUUCCCACUUUUAAAUUCUUUUUAAUCCUUCCCGUAUCCUGCUUUUAGACAGGGCGAUGAGAUUUAUACGUGUUUGAGAGCAUCCUGUUGAUUUGUAAAAUGGCCUUUUCUUAAUAUGUUCUUUAUUCACUUAGACCUUUUUUCGGCUUUUUUAUCUGCCCGCAGGCAAAGACCAAUAUUUUCAUUCAAUUGCCCACACAGAUACCCAGUUUAAUUUACAACUUGGGGCAUAUGAAUAAUCGGAAUUAUCCCUUGCAGUGGUGAUUAGUUGGGGUUAAUCAUUGCUGAAAUGCAUGUGUUGAUGUGGUUAGGGUUUGUCUUUUGCGGCUGUAUCUCUACGGGGAAGCCUGGGAGAAGGAGCAUCGGUUUUAGCUAGCCCAAAAUAUAGACGUGUUUUUGUUGUUUGCCAUUGUAUCAGCACCCUGUUACUUGCCCGUUUCCUAGGACAGCUGUUACACCUUUUUCGUAGCAAAACAGGAUACAUAUUACCUAUGCAAACUGUACUCGGGUUCCUCUGCGUGUUUUACAACCUGAACAAACGGGGGUUUAAAUGUAGUGAAAUUUGGAGUGUUUUAAAGUUUGGCUACUGAGCUACAAGCUCCUCCUUGUUUCUGCUGGUGAGCGGAUGUCGCUGCGUGUACUCAUCAGCGUUGCCCACGUCUAAAUCCCAACCGGACCGUGACGCUGGAGGGCAUUCUAGCCUACCCCAUUGCGUUUCCACGCUCAACAGCAGCACUUCUGUCUGCCUUGGGAAUCAGCUGGACUGGAGCUCUGCUCGGUGCUGGGUGACUUGCGUGUACCCGCUGCUGGGAUGUUCCCUUCCCUGGCAGUCAGAGGACCUUCUGGCUUUGCAGCAAGGGUAGCGGUAGCAUUUGAUUUCUUUGGUUGCAACUACUGCCUACGGAGCAUAUUAAGCCACACAGGUCAGUAAUUUCCUGAUAAAGUGGUUUCUAAGUCUUUAAAUGUAAUGCAGAAACACUGGCAGACAUGUAAAAUAACCUCUGGUCCUCAACGAACCUAGCAGCUUUGCUUUUAGCUUAAAAGCUCCUUCAGCUUUCCUUCUCUGUACCGUUACAUUUCCUUUCUGCUCAGACAGCUGAAGUCUGAGAUGGCUUUUGCUGACAAUCCUUCCAUGCUGUCAUGUGUUUGUCCUCCCUUCUGUUUAAAUUCACCCCACUGAAGCUGGAUUUUUGCUGAGAGCUGUUAUUUAACUUACACUGCUGCCAGCAGACUCUCACAGAGCUUCUUGGCACUUUACAAAGUAUACAGACAAUCUUUGCGAUCCUUCUAGUUUUCAAAGUUUCUCUUUCUACUUGGAAAAGUAGAGAGCGAGUAGAUAUUGUUAGCUAAGCGCUUCCUCGUUAGAGUUCUGUAGCAGCAAAAGUAACGAGUUACAGAAGUGCAGGGAAAUAAAAGGGAAAUGGAUCAAAUAUUUAAUGCACUGAACCUGAAAGCUCAGCGUAAAAGCCAAGACAGAUUUAUUGCAGAUGGCUGUUGUUUCUUAGCUGUGAAAUGUCAGCUUCUUCCCUGCUCGCGGUGUACGUGGUGCCCCUUUAGCCUGCCUCACGAAAGGGCGGGUUGGAAAUUCGGCAGCAGUUCUGCACAGACUGCUCUGAUGCCCUGGAUGAAGGAAUAUAUCGCUCUGAAGCAUUGGAAAGCCCUGGCUGAAUCGGACUUGUUGCACGUUCUUCUCGGGGCUUGUGCAGUACUGAACAGUACGCUGGCUUUAGGGAAGAACCGUAUCUCUUGUGCCGAAGCUCCCUCUCAUGGUGCUCCGCUGCCAAGAUGGGUGAGCGUUCCAUCUCUGGCGGACAACCUGAAACCUAAACCCUAUUACGCUUGUAAACUCUGUGUCGUUAGAGUAGAGAAAUGUUUUAGGAAGGAAAUACUUCACUACAACAGUAGCCCGCUGUGCGGAGGGCGGCGUGUUCUGCAGAGCAGCAAGGCUGCUGGCUCCCUGGUGCGGCAGGAGUACUGCAAACUGCCCAGCUUCUCCUGCGCUUCUUUCUUGCCCCAUCUUCCGCCCGUAUCUGUGCUCAGCGCUUCCCUGAGAGCUGUUACGCUCUGUGCCGGAGGAUGCUGCCAGCCUAAACUUAAGCUGCUUAAAGGCAUGCACCCUGGAAAUUCAAACUAAUUGAGGAGAGAGCAAUUCCUUGCAGUCCUAGAAAGCAUCAGCUGUCUCCAAGCACUUAGCUGUCUGUUACCGUUGUUGCUUUCUUUUUUUGCUUCUUAUCUUGAGUUCUUUGUACCUGUUGUGCCUUUGUUUUCCGUUGGCUCGAGGUCCAAGGCUCCUGCUUGGGCCCAGACUCCUGGCAGCUUCCUUUCCCACCUCUGCCCAACUGUCCCCAGCUGCCUCUGGUCGUAUCCAAGUGCCAAUAGCAAAGCCUGACCUGAGGCAGGCUGUUUCCUCGAACCCAUGCCGCAGUUAUCCUGCCAGCCUCCUCCGGUCUGGAACCUCAUCCUCUGCAAAGCGAGUGUUUUCUGUGCAGCGGGAAGGGAAAACUUCCUACCGCUUCUUACCUUUGGCGUACGUGACCUCAGUCAGUGUUUUAACAGGUCUGUUCACGAGUAAAACUUCCUCUCAGGUCUAUUCAUGGGUAAAACUCUACCUAUUCUUCAAGAUCUGACUCUGGUUUUGCAAGAACUUAUGCGGAAAGGGACUUAACGUAUUCUGAACUGUCUGCUGCAGUUGUCACUUGCUGACAUUUCUCUCACUGGCUCUGGAACAGCCAUCUUCCAAAGGCAAGCUCUCUUUUUAGAGAGUUGGGCAUUUUCAUUGCUGUGUUUGAGACUUCUGACCUCACCACGUCAUCCUGUGCUCUGUUUUUCACUUACUGAAGUUUUCUACCUGCGCAGUGUAUCUGUAUGACGAGGGAACCUCUAUCUGACUACUUACUUAUUUUUGCAAAAUCAUUACACACAGAGCAGCACAGGAGCAAGCCUUCAUUUUGAUUUUUUUUCAAUUGACAUUCCACUGCCCUGCUUUCCAUCACGGGCUUUGUGCAGUUCCGAUGGCUCAGAGUCAGAGGUACCCGGUGCACGUGGCAGAACAGGGAUGAGGGAAGGGUCCAAAGCAGCGCGUGCAUCACUCGGCACUCGGGCUGGCUCGGUGGCACGUGCCUGUACGGUCUGUCCCUCCUCGAUGCACUACUUUGGGGACGUUGUGUGUGCAAAGCGAUCGCAUCGCGGUGUGUUUGCUAGACCGCUGCCACACGCCCCUUUUUGGGUCUUAACUCCUUUAUCAGUAUGUCCACAGCGCUUGCCGGUGGCCACUGGCUGGUGGCAAAGUGGCAUCGUCUGCAGCUACUGUGGCUACAGCUUCCCAGCUUUCCCUCCGCAGCUGACAGAAGAGGCGAUGCCCGGGGAAUAGGCUCAGGCUUCUGUCCUAGUGAUAACCUUAAUUACUCAUGUCAACACAGGGAUUAUUGGUGAUGGGUUGUGCCUCCCUGCCCGUGCGCGCGGGGCAGCAGGAGCUGUAAGACCCCUUCCUUUGGCUCGGCUGUCCGCUCCGGUGUCCUGCUGCGAUGGCCACCAGUCUGGCCUGUCCUCCCUUCCGGCUGUGAAUGAGCGGAGACAGGGAGACCAGAGGGAGCUGGUGUGAAACUAUUUCCUUUCUCAUCUUUUUGUGCUUUUUAGUGCCAGCUGUGUUGGGUGGACCCCAGCUGGAUGGUCUCUGUGGGACGGGAGCUGUCUGCUGGUGGGGGGCUCCACGCAGCAAUGGCAUACGCUAACUCCCUUGCCUCCCGCUCCUCUCUCCGACAGCGCCCACCGAUGCCUCUAUGGAAAAGCCCUUCUGCCUGUUUGUCACCUAUCUCGCGUCACGUGCUGGGGCAGCUCGGAGUAGGGUACGUCUGAAUUAACUCUUUCACCCUCAAUUGCCUCUGUAGCUAAAGCCUUUUGCGUUUUAGGGGAGAAACAGCCCUUCUAGGGAGCUCUGAGCUGCUCUGACUGCUGCUUGGAGCACUUGCAUAUGCAAUCGGGAGGGGAGACAGCACAGGAUCCUGUGUCCCCGUGCUCAGCCGAGAGAUCACUGCCUGUCCUGGGAAUGCUGCCCUCCGAAUCCCUGCUCCAAGCUGCCCCAGCAUGAAGACUACAAGGAAACUAAAGCACUCCUCACGUGCCAUUCUCAUGUGACUUUUUGUACCUAUGUAUGAAAGAUCCAAACUAAUAUUGCUGUAAAGAAAGAUACAGAUUAAUAUAGCAUAUUAUAUAAAGAUAUAUGUAUAUAAAA